ACAUUACGGUUACGCUCACUCUCCGUUUCAUAAAUUUCAGUCAAGAAAAGAGAUUUUGCAAAAUCUUUCCAUAGAACUCUCCAUUCUCCCGCAAAAUUUUGCUUCAGUUCUUCUUCGUCUUCAAGGCUUCUUCUCCUCCUCUUUCUUCUGAGAGAGCCACGGACUCUGAAGCUUCGAUUGCGAUGUCUCCGGGAGCUAAUGGACAGAGUGUUGCGGACUCGCCAUCUCUCGACAGAGAUGGUUGUGCAGCUGCAAAUGGAGAAAGGAAGGACGACGGCGGAAACGCCGAGAAAGAUGCCGAAGAGGUAGAGAUUGGGGCCGAUUUCACAGAGAAAGGUUUGAAAGCGAUGAAGGACAAGGAUUAUGACACCGCCGUCGACUGCUUCCGCGGUGCCCUCAGUAUGAGGAUUGACCACUAUGGCGAAUUUGCUCCAGAAUGUAUUACAGCAUACUGCCAUUACGUGUCCGCCCUGCUGUUCAAAGAUCAAGAAGAUGCUGGUCGAUCGGAAACUACACGCAAGCAAGUUCUCUGCCAGCAAAAUUCUGAUAUGGUAGAUACUACUAGAAAAGAUGGGAAUUUGGGGCAAAGAGAGGAAGAUUUUGACUUUGAUAAUUUUGGGAUCAAAGAUUAUUUGGAGGAUGGAAAGCCAGAAGAAACAGACAAAGAUGAUAUCAACCUGGAUUUGGCAUGGAAAGUACUCAAUGUUGUUAGAGGGAUUGUUUCAAAGCAACCAGGUGGCACUAUGGAUAAAGUAGAGACCUUAACUAGGGAUAUUAUUGAAUAUGAAUCGACUGAUUCAUUGGAUAAAGUCGACAUCUUACUCUCCUUAGGGGAUGCCGCAUCCAAAAGAAGUUUGUUUAUUUCUUGUUUCAAUUUUUCUCACUAUGAGUCUUGAUCAUUUAUUUUCUCAUAACUUGCCCUUGUUUAAUAUGGGGAGAUUGUUGCUAGUCUUAUCUUCCAUCCUGCAGAUGAUUUUAGCACUUCUCUUGGUGACUAUACAAAAGCACUAUCCAUAUUGGAGCGUAUGGCUGAACCAGAUAGUCGACGUAUUGCUGAAGUAAAUUUUGGAAUAUGUCUGUGUUUGGAAAUGGACUCAAAAUCUGAGGAAGCCAUUGCAUAUUGUAACAAAGCUAUAUCUGUUUGCAAAACUCGGCUGCAAUUGCUCAAGGAUAACCUGAAAAGCUUUUCAGGAUCAAGUGAUGUCUUGGGUGCUACUGAUUUGAGUUCAAAAUUAUAUGAAUCCUCUGGAGAACCAAGUACAGAAUUUUGCGUCUCAGAUGAUGAACUUGAGAUUGUGUUGCUCACUGGACUCACUAGAGAGUUUGAAACCAAG